CCUUUGAAGAAGACGAAAUGCAACUGACAAAAGCAAACGACGGUUUCCUUCGCACAACAACGCGCUCUGACUGAGGUCAGUAAAAUUUAAUCGAAAAUUGGCAUUGAAAGUAUAUUUUGCUACUCGUAUUAUACACCUAAUUACCGCACUUGAAUGUUACCGAAGUCUUCUGUGAAACAGUGAUACGGCAGCAACAGUGGCCGCUAUUCGGAAAACACACAAACACACAUGAUCCUGCACUAUGUCUUCCGGAACGGCUUUCAAAGAGCAGCUCCUCAAGGUACGGCGAGAGGUGCAGCUGUCUAGCGAUUCCAAAUCGUUGCUGCGUGCGCUCAAAGAGACGCAGCGUUGUUUGAAUGGAUUAGCGACCGAACCCAACUACAAGCUGUGUGUGGCCCAUCUCGUAAAAGAGCUAUUGGACUGGGUCGCUUUGAAGGACGACCGUGAUCUCGAACCCGUUCCGGCAACCAAGGCUUGCCUCGAACUGUUGGAAGAAUACCUCAACGUUUGCCAUCAGGCGGAAAGUGCCACACGAUGUUUCCUGGUGGUACGGCUGUACAACGCGUUUGUGGCGCUCAACCGGAAAGAUACCAACCGCCGCACGAAGCUGUACAUUGCACGGUUAAUGCAUCGGUUUCCUAUUGCCGACGAUCAGGUAGAUCUGUUUGUGCGGGUAAAGCGUGUCGUACUGAAGACGGCACAUGAAGCAAAAGAAACGACCGACCUUAUGGAGGAAGGUGCCGAUUUACUCAUCGAAAUGCAACGCAAGCUGCUUGCACAUGAGGCAAACAGUGCACCGCCGGCGGAUGGAAUCCGGGAGCCAGCGUUGGCCCUUUUCCGUGAAGUGUUCGACAAUGAAAUGGCCAUACUGCGCCGAUUGUUUCCGGUGAGUCGCGCCAAAGCCGAACAACUGUACGCAACCAUCAUGGACACUAUGCUGACGGUCGUUCAGCCGAGCGAACCGGAACUGAUCAGCUUGCUGGGCGAUAGUGUCGGGUACGUCGAGACCAUUCUCGGCUGUGCCGGUGGGGAAAGUGCCGAUUAUUGUAAGUUUGCCGGCUUCCUCACCCUUUUCGAGGGCGUCCGGAGUGAACCGUACGCUAGCUGUUACCAGCUGAUAAGCAUGCUAGUGGAGCUCGUGAAACAACCAACGCCAGCGGAGGCACAGAUCGAAAGCAUUACCAAACGUGUGCGGGCAGUUCACUCGACCUUUCCAUCGCAUCAGCUGGUGGUACGGAUAGCUAUAUUUCUCACUUGCCAAGCCAUUCCAUUCCUGUACCGGUUACCGCAGGAACUGUCGUUGACCGUUUCACACGCAGCAAUCGGGCUGUGUGAAGCACUGAUGCACUUUGUGCGCCAAUGCCCAUCGGACACGGUGCCAGAGCUGUGCCGGCUGUGCACGAGCUCCCGGCGUCAUUUGGCCGAUAAGCUGCUGAGCAUACUGAUGCAUUUGAGCAUCGUGCAGGCACGGAACGCUGCAGAGCAACGGAACGAACGGAACAAGCUGUCCUACUCGAUUGGUCGCGGGUGUGAGCUGAUCAAGCGCAAACUGGCGCUGCUCGAGGAGCUGAGCUGUGAGCGAAAGCAGUCGCUUAUCGAUACAACCAUGCGGUACAGCAUCUCCUGGCUAAAGUACGCACUCACGCUCCUCCGAGAGGAAGACCAAGCAGCGACCGAGGAAGUGGAAGAUAUCGUACGCAUCCUGAAGUUGAUCGUAUCCGUCCAAAAUCGUUACCGGUUCGAGUUCCUGUCCGACCUGCAUCUGGUCCGAUUGCUAGAGAACGCGUACGCUGAUCGAUCUUUCGCGAGCCCUUCCUGCUGGCCAAACGUUAGUAUUCGACUGCUCAAGCUACUAAUCACGCUCCGUGAAGCGUCCGGCUCGAGCGAGGAACACACGGCGACGAUCAGCUCGAUCGUGCGAUCGAUCAUGUCCUACCAGAUAAAUGCACCGGAAACGGAUCCGAUCCGAUCGCUCACCCUGCUGCAGCUGUACGAUCAUCCAGCCUACGAUCGGCACGGCUUCACGUUCGACUGUACUCCGUCACGGGCGGAAAAGUUUACCAUCCUCGCCGAGGAAAUGGCCCUGGUAACGAAGUACAAAACCUCCAACACGCUGCCAGUGUGGGAGUACAUGCGCGAGCUGGCAAAGGUGGGCGAUGUUGGUGAAAAUUGUCUCGCGUUCGGGAUGGCACUGCACGGAUUCAGCGAAAGCGAUGCAGGGAAGCUGCCCGAAUCGAUGAUGGAUACGCUGUCGAGGGCUUUGGGCUCGUUCCAACCGACCAAUGCGCUGGAACGUGUUAAACUCGCUGCGGCCCAAGCGAUCAUCAGUUACCACACGUUCAGCUUAGCAAGUCGAACCACCCUUAACCGGUUGCGGGAGAUACCGUUCAAGGUGGAUCAAAUGCGGAGUGGUCACAUCGAUGAGAUAAUGCUCGAGAAUCGGCUCGAUCGCGAGGGACCACUCAAGCGACGGAUGGAAGCGAUCCGAAAGCAUUACGGCGAGCUUCUGGUGGCGUUGGCAGAGGAUCAAUUCCGCUCGCUAUGGGUACUACCGUCGAUUGCCCAGAUAUCGAGCAUACUGGACAACGUGGCACGUCUGUACCAUCUGAACUAUCAGCCUCACCGGGCGGUUGAGUUGCAGCUGCUAAACUUGCUGCUCGUCUCCCAACGACACGAUGUACGUCCGCUCGAUCAAUGCGCUUCGUUGGGCUUUCUGCUCGAACAACACCAGCUGGCGGAUGCCCAGCUAAAAAAGUUGCACAAAAAAAUCUCCCCAAAACAUGUGGGGGAAGCGCUGGCAUCGUUGGAGAGUUUAGCAAACCGGGCGAAAAGUUUGCUGCUGCACCCUCCGGAAACCGGUCUGGACGAUGUGCCGGAUAAUCGCAGGUUUCAGCUGCUUAAUCUAUAUCUCGGUCUCGCCGUUUACUACGCUUCUCGCCGGGAGCUUGAACAGGCCCUGCGCUUGAUUCGCCGUGCACUCGACCAUCUGGACCGAUCGGGCAAGGUCAGUGCUGCGAUCGCACCGCUGUUCCAGGGCCGUGCCGCACAGAUCAUCUUCCGGCUUGCGACCGAGUACGAACUACCGUGGCCCGACUCAGUGCCUCCGCUCGCGUUCAUGAAGCGUAUGUUGAGCAGUUUUAACGCACUGCAAAAACUGUCCACCGAGCACACAUUCACCCUAUCGUUGGCCACGGUCGACAUGACGGUGGCGGUGCUGCAGUAUCUGAUCGUGCGGUACGACACGGGACCGCUGGUUGAACCGCACGUGGAACAGCUGCUCAAGUUUGUGCUGCGCCGUGGGGCCGGAUUGCGGGCGAUGCAGCUGUUGCUGCUGUACGGCCAGAUGUGUGCCGAUACGGAAAAGCUGGAUCGCUGUGAGAUAGCGCUUUCGUAUCUGGAUCGUUUGCUGAUGUUCCGUCCGAUUCGGUCGCAAGAGGAGAAGGAAAAUGGACAGCUGGUGGAAAAUGCGUUGUCGCCGGGCGGGAGCUUCAAAUCCAUCCACAACAACUUACCGGCGCCAAGCCUUCUUAACAUCGAGGAUCUUGUGGAUGUCGAGCGAGAAGCAGCACCGAAGCACAGAAUCAUUCCGCAAAAAAUCGCCUUGCAUGAAGCAUCACCGAAGGAAACGGAUAUACAGCAUUACUUAAUGUUUUACCACUCGCCGGGCUGUGAUUGUCAUUAUUGCAGCUAUCCGCAGUACAAGCUGAUGGCCUAUCAAACGGCCGCACUUGCCGUGCGAUUGUCCUAUCUGCAACACUCCAAAUCAAGGAAACACAUCGAACGAUCCUACCAAUCGCUCAUCGAACACUGGGAGCAGAUGUAUCCAACGUUAGCUGCCUGGACCGUGCCGGUAUACCUGUCGGAUGUAAGUGUAGCUGUGAUACGAACACACUUAAAUUAUGGUCAGUUUUUGGUCCGGCGGGAACGGUUCGACCGUGCUCGUGAGGUGUACGGAUGGGCUACGGAGCUGAGGACGGCAAUCGCCAUCGAUCCGGCACUGUUCGCCGACAUACGGCACAAUCUGGAAGCGUUAGAUUUUUUGGCGCGGCAACGAUCCGCGCCAACACCGGUUCCGAAGCGCAGCCGGUCGAUGAUUGAAGCGCGUUAUGUGGAGCUGCUGGCGAGGAAAGGUAAAACGAAUGCCGAUGGGAACGCCGCUGACGGGAUGGGCCAGCUAACUGCCAACCUGAGCAAUCUGACGAUGAAAACUCCCAAAGCGGCUCGACCGCGUGCACCACCGAAAACGGUCGAUCGGGUAAAUGAGCUGCUGCGUCAGGCGGCUACACGACGCCACCAGCUUAAAACCAACCAAGCACCGACGGAUGGAUUGACCGGGAUCACGGAAGGAAUCAUCCCCAACCGUGUGUGCUCAUCGCAAUCGGCGCGCAAACCGCGUACGGUCAGCAUUUUCGUAGACUCUCCACCGAGUGCUAAAGGGAGGGUUGUGGCCGUUCCGGCAACGGUUGCUAAAAUGCAGAAACCCACUCCGGCGGUUGUGAAAAUAUCAAAAGCAAAGGAUCCGAUAGACGGCAGUAGCGAGGAAAGCAUCGGUUGGGGAGCGAAAAUUCGCCGUGGUGGUAAACGUGCACUGAUGAAUGAACCAGCAGCGACACCGAGCCAGAGCGCGGACUCGUACCGGGAUGCUUUGGUGAAGGAAACGCCCGUCUGCUCGACCCCCCCUCCCACCGCACGACCAGAGCUAGCGGGGAACAUUACCGCCCGGAAGGUGCGUCGCCUAGUGGUGGAAGAAUUUCCGAGCUUGAGCGAUUCCAGUGAUACGGACGCGUCAACGAAAACGCCACUCGCACCGAACCGAACCGACAGCCCGGGACCACCGCUGAAUGGAUCGUUCAGGGAUGCGCUCGUGCUUGGUACGGGUGCCCCCCAGAAGGACGAUAGCAGUGUGGUGAUCGUGCUGGACGAUUCGAACGACUCUAGCCACAAAUCGGAGGAAGCCAUCGAGACCAGCUUUGUCCAGAGUCAUGCCGUUUCGGCAGACAAAAGGGCUGGGCUGUCGCUUAAGUCCUACUCCGAUCGGAAGCGUUUGCUGGACAGUGCGGGACGCCCGUUGCCCGGGUCGGCUGUACGGCCAGUGGCCACCAAGCGCCGGACGCCACUGUUGGCCGCCAAAACUAAGCUUCGAUUUGAUGAACCCAGCCCGGAACAGGUUCAGACUGACGGUGCGAAACACUCGCAGGUGGAAAAGGAGGAAGCUAGCAAUGGGAAGGCUCCGAAAAAGCUUACAGACGGUAAACCGAUACGGGCCCAUCGGACAAAAGCGAUUGAACCGGUACCGGCUAGCACAGCUGUGAACACAAGUGACCAAAGUAACAAGAUGGAAUCGCGUAUAAGUUGCAUUGCGACGCGAACAAGAUUGCGUCGGAAGCGGAUCUGAUGGAAGCUGAGAUGAACACGUAGAUCCGACUAGUUGGUUUACUGUUGUUACUUUCAUUUGAUAGGUAUUGAAAUUGCAGAACUGAAUUAACUUUAAAGGUAGGAAAAGAAAUGAAAAAUGGUUGAAUUGAUUAAGAAAUGAAAAUACAUUCACGAACGUGUGAUGAGUUCCAGAGACAUGCUUAAGGGCCCGCACUGAACGUUGAUCAAAUUUA